AUACAAAUUGAAUUAACCACCACAGCUUUUAGAUUGGGCUACAGUCCCACGGUCUGAACAUAGAGUGUCACCAUUCGGGGUUCCUAUAAGGGGGGAUGGAUGCGUAAUCCUGGCAACUCAGUGAACGCUUUCGACUGCAUCACGUAGGUCCUAUCAUACAAACUCCGGCGUGUUGCAUCUUUGCUGAACCAGGGACUGUGACCUAUCAUGGCUGAAGAGGGAUACGUUGUACGAAUCAGGGGUCUCCCAUGGUCCUGCUCAGUGGACGAAGUACAGAGGUUUUUCGCAGGGUGUAAAAUUAUGAACAGCGGCACCGCCAUCCACUUCACCUACACAAGAGAAGGGCGUCCCAGCGGUGAGGCAUUUGUGGAAAUGGAGACGGAGGAGUGCCUGAAGAUCGCAGUGAAAAAGGACAGAGAAACCAUGGGUCACAGAUACGUGGAAGUCUUUAAAUCCAACAAUGUUGAGAUGGACUGGGUAAUGAAGCACACAGGCCCAAACAGCCCGGAGACAGCAGGAGAUGGGCUGGUGCGGCUCCGAGGCCUUCCCUUCGGGUGCAGCAAGGAGGAGAUUGUGCAGUUUUUUUCAGGGUUGGAAAUCGUGCCAAAUGGGAUAACAUUGCCGGUGGACAUCCAGGGGAGGAGUACGGGGGAGGCCUUCGUGCAGUUUGCUUCACAGGAUAUAGCUGAAAAGGCUCUAAAGAAACACAAGGAAAGAAUAGGGCACAGGUACAUUGAGAUCUUCAAGAGUAGUCGCGCUGAGGUGCGGACUCAUUACGAACCCCAGAGGAAGCCUAUGGGCAUGCAGAGACCUGGCCCCUACGACCGGCCCUCUGGUGGUCGCGGCUACAACAUGAUGGGCAGAGGGGGAUCCUAUGACAGAAUGCGCCGAGGGGGCUAUGGAGGAGGUGUGUCGGACGGACGCUAUGGCGACGCUGGCUCUUCCUUCCAGAGUACAACAGGCCACUGUGUCCACAUGAGGGGCCUUCCGUACCGAGCCACCGAGACGGACAUCUACAACUUCUUCUCUCCGCUGAAUCCUGUGCGGGUCCAUAUUGAGAUCGGCCCAGAUGGACGUGUCACUGGCGAGGCAGAUGUGGAGUUUGCAACACAUGAAGAUGCCGUGGCAGCCAUGUCCAAAGACAAAGCCAACAUGCAGCACCGCUAUGUGGAGCUGUUCUUAAACUCAACAGCAGGUGGCAGUAAUGGAGCCUAUGGUGGCCAGAUGAUGGGGGGCAUGGGGAACCAGUCAUCUUACAGUGGAGGUCAGCUGAGCUCAGGGUACUCCGGUGGCUACAGCAGCCAAGGAAACAUGGGUGGAUACGGUGACUAUAACCUGACCACAAUGAUGCAGGCGAACUCCUCGGUCCUAUAGUGUGUGUUUUCUCUCUCUCUUGUUAGGUAACCAGGGUGGAAUGGGAAGCAGUUACUAUGGCGGUGGAGGAGGAGGAAGCAGAGGCUCAAUGAAUGGACUUGGUGGGGGAUGGGGAAUGUAGUUUUUUAAUUUUUUCUGUUUGUUUUUUUUCCC